GGUCCCACGUGCACGUGAAUCUGCGAGUCGCGAGGCGGACGGAGCGCCAUGGAUUUUUAACACAAGCAGAGUGAAGUUUCAGCUGUUUGACUAAAACAAUGCUGUUUGAUAAAGAAGUGCCAUGGCGGCGCUUAGAGGGCAUGUCUUUUGGCAUGUACUCAGCCGAAGAGAUCAGGAAGUUGAGUGUGAAGGCUGUCACCAACUCCAGGUUUCUUGACGCUGUUGGAAAUGUGGCUCCUAACAGUUUGUAUGAUCUGGCUCUGGGGCCAGCAGACUCCAAGGAGGUUUGUUCAACGUGCUGCCAGGAUUUCAACAACUGUCCGGGACACUUUGGACACAUAGAUCUGCCUCUGCCUGUGUACAACCCACUGUUCUUUGAUAAACUCUACUUCCUGAUCCGUGGGACGUGUCUGAUGUGUCACGUGUUAACAUGUCCUCGAGCUGCCAUCCACCUGCUGUUGAACCAGCUCAAGUUACUGAACCAUGGAGCCAUGCAGGAGGUCUAUCAGAUCGAACAAGUCCUGAAUCAGAUUAAACACCUGGUUGAAAAGAAGAACAACCUGAUCAAUAACUUCUGGAAGAACAACAUGACCAGCAGGAGGUGUCCCAGCUGCAGGUGCGGCAGGGUGGUUGUGCGACGGGAACACAACAGUAAGAUUAUUGUCACCAUGCCAUCAGGAACAAAAGCCAACGUUACAGAUGAAGAUGCCAUGGCUGGAAAGAGAGUCUUCCUGACUGCGAGUACAGCCCGAGAACACGUUAACCAAGUCUGGGAGAAAGACGGUUUCUUCUUGAAAUGUCUGUUUCCUGGGAUGGAAGAGACCCCGGGGUCUGAGGAGAAGGCUUUCCAUCCAGACCUGUUUUUUCUGGAGCUGCUGGUGGUCCCUCCCUGCAGGUAUCGUCCAAUCAAUCGACUGGGUGACCAGAUGUUUACCAACGGUCAGACCGUGAACAUGCAGGCCGUGAUGAAGGACUGUGUGGUCAUCAGGAAGCUUCUGGCUCUCAUAGCAGGAGAGAAAACCACUGAGGAGGCAGAGGCUACAGAGCCAGAAGACCAGACUUUUCUCUCUACCAUUGUUGGCCAAACGUUACCAGAUAAACUCUACAAUGUGUGGAUCCACCUGCAGAGCCACGUUAACAUCGUCUUCGACAGCGACAUGGACAAACUGAUGACGGAGAAAUAUCCUGGAAUCAGACAGAUCCUUGAGAAGAAGGACGGAUUGUUCCGGAAACACAUGAUGGGGAAACGAGUGGACUACGCUGCUCGAUCGGUCAUUUGUCCCGACAUGUACAUUGAAACCAAUGAGAUAGGCAUACCCAUGGUGUUUGCCACCAAGCUGACGUACCCUCAGCCGGUCACACCGUGGAACGUGAAGGAGCUUCGUCAGGCUGUUCUGAACGGGCCCAGUGUUCACCCCGGAGCCUCCAUGGUGAUCAAUGAAGAUGGCAAAAGGACCAUCCUGUCAGCUUCCAACUUCGCUCAGAGGGAAGCUGUCGCCAAGCAGCUGCUSACGCCCUCUCCGGGUCCACACAAGAUCCCCAUGAAGAUAGUAAACCGUCACAUAAAGAACGGAGAUGUGUUGUUGCUCAACAGACAGCCCACUCUGCACAGACCCUCUAUACAAGCCCACUGCGCUCGCAUCCUCCCAGGAGAGAAGGUGCUGAGGCUCCAUUAUGCUAACUGUAAGGCCUACAACGCUGACUUCGAUGGAGAUGAAAUGAACGCWCACUUCCCUCAGAGCGAGCUGGGCAGAGCAGAAGCUUACACACUGGUCAGCACCAACCAGCAGUACCUGGUCCCCAAGGAUGGUAAACCCUUAGCAGGCCUGAUCCAGGACCACAUGGUGUCAGGAACCAAGAUGACCAUCCGAGGCUGCUUCUUCACCAGAGACCAGUACACUGAGCUGGUGUACAGAGGGCUGACAGACAAGGCAGGCAGAGUAAAGCUGCUGCCUCCUGCUCUGCUCAAACCACAGCACCUGUGGACCGGAAAACAGGUGGUGUCCACGCUGCUGCUGAAUAUAAUCCCAGAGAAAGCGGUGCCUCUGAACCUGGUUGGAAAAUCCAAAAUCCCCAGCAAGGCUUGGAUUCAGGACCCACCACGAGCUGCUCCUGGAUACAAACCAGAGAGCAUGUGUGACUCACAGGUGGUGAUUCGUCAGGGCGAGCUGUUGGUGGGGGUUCUGGACAAAGCUCACUACGGCUCCUCAGCCUACGGGUUGGUCCACUGCUGCUACGAGCUGUACGGAGGGGAGACCAGCGGGAAGCUGCUGAGCUGCCUGGCUCGACUCUUCACAGCCUACCUGCAGCUGUACAGAGGCUUCACUCUGGGUGUGGAGGACAUCCUYGUGAAACCUGGGGCCAAUAUGCAGAGGAAGAAAAUCAUUCAGGAGUCCCUGAAGAUUGGCACCAAAGCCCUCCAGGCAGCCUUCAACCUGCAGCCARAUGUGGAUCCAGCUGAGGCUCGGAGCCGAUGGCAGGACGCUCACCUCAACCCCGACCAGAGAGACUUCAGCAUGGCCGACCACAAGUUCAAAGAGGUGGCCAACCAAGUGAACAAUGAGAUCAACAAGGUCUGCAUGCCCGUGGGUCUGCACACCUCUUUCCCAGACAACAACCUGCAGCUCAUGGUCCARUCAGGAGCCAAGGGCUCCACCGUCAACACCAUGCAGAUCUCAUGUCUGCUGGGUCAGAUUGAACUGGAGGGGCGUAGGCCUCCUCUCAUGCCUUCUGGGAAGUUCCUGCCGUGCUUCCAGCCCUACGACCCGUCACCUGGUGCCGGGGGCUUUGUUUCUGGCAGGUUCCUCACAGGAAUCAAACCUCAGGAGUUUUUCUUCCACUGCAUGGCUGGAAGAGAAGGACUGGUGGACACAGCUGUGAAAACAUCUCGAUCAGGAUAUCUGCAGAGGUGCAUCAUUAAGCAUCUGGAGGGAUUGGUGGUGCAGUACGACCUGACGGUGAGGGACAGCGAUGGCUCUGUGGUCCAGUUCUUGUACGGUGAAGAUGGCCUGGACAUCCCCAAGACUCAGUUUCUGCAGCCGAGACAGUUCCCCUUCAUCGAGGACAACUAUGAGGUUAUCAGGAGGGCUCAGGGCCUGGACAGGGUUCUGGCUCGUUUGGACCCACAGCGUGCCAGUCAACACUUUGCAGCCAUCAAACGCUGGAAAGCAAAAAGAGAGCUGGGGUGUCCUCGGAGAGGAGCCUUCUUACUGUUUUCCCAGAAGAAGCUGGCAAAACUAAGAGAAACCAUUCAAGGAACAGAUCCCACCUCGAACCGAGACCUUGCUGUGUUGGAGCUGGUGAAACAGUGGCACGCUCUGGAUGAGGCCGGCAGAGCCAAAUACUGCAGGAAGUCCUGCCGCUGCCCAGAGCCCACGCUGGGUUUGUUCAGGCCUGACGUCUGCUUUGGAUCUGUUUCUGAAAACUUCCACCACAUCACAGAGAAAUACCUCCAGAACAAGUCCAGUGAGAGUCAGGCCAGCGUGGACUCCCACAGCCUCCGGCAGCUGCUGCACUAUAAGUGGCAGCGCUCUCUGUGUGACCCGGGUGAAGCUGUGGGUCUGCUGGCAGCUCAGUCCAUCGGYGAGCCCUCCACUCAGAUGACCCUCAACACCUUCCACUUCGCCGGCAGAGGAGAGAUGAACGUCACGCUGGGAAUCCCUCGUCUGAGAGAGAUCCUGAUGGUGGCCAGUUCCAGCAUCAAAACCCCCAUGAUGAGCGUCCCGGUGCUGAACAACAAGAAGGCCCUGAAGAGAGCUAAAACUCUGAGGAAGAAGCUCUGCAGGGUGGUCCUGGCUGAGGUGCUGCAGAAGGUGGACGUGGUUGAGACGAUGCGAAUUAAAAAAUAUCAAAAGCUGCGAAUUUUCAAAGUCACCUUUAACUUCCUGCCUCCUGAUCGUUACCGUGACGACAAGCUGUUGACUCCCCAUCAGAUCCUGCACUUCAUGGAACAUAGGUUCUUCCGUCUCCUCCUGGAAGCUGUGAGGAAGCGCACAGCCAAACUGGCCUCCAUCGCUGUGGAGACCAGGAAGGCUACCCUCAGAGACAAAGAUGAUGUGGAGGAAACAGCAGGCACAGCUGGGGUGGGUGAUGGAGAAGCAGAGGAAGACAGAGACAUUGUUGAUGACCAGGGGGACGAAGGAGACGCUGAUGCAUCAGAUGCCAAGAGGAGAAGCAAACAGGAGGAGGAGGUGGACUACGACAGCGAGGAUGAAGCUGAGGGCGAUGAUGCUGAAGAUAAGGAGGCUCAGGGCGGGGAGGAGGAGGCCCAGGAGAACCCAGAGUCCAACAGCGUGGAGGAGUCUCAAGCUGAGUCUGCAGGAGUCAGACUGGAGAGCAGACUGGGGUCCUCGCAGCAGAUGAGAGUGAACUCUGUCCUGCAGAUCAACUCAGCCAUAGAGAGUUACUCCUUCGAUCAGGAGCAGGAGCUCUGGUGUGAGAUCCUGGACAUCAACAGGCUGUACUCUAACGAGGUGCAUGCCAUGGCUAACACGUACGGCAUCGAGGUGGCUCUGAAAGUCAUCGAGAAGGAGAUCAAAGAUGUGUUUGCUGUUUACGGUAUCGAGGUGGACCCCAGACAUCUGUCGCUGGUGGCAGAUUACAUGUGCUUCGAAGGCGUGUACAAGCCUUUAAACAGGCACGCCAUCCAGUCCAACUCGUCUCCUCUGCAGCAGAUGACCUUUGAGACGAGCUACAAGUUCCUGAAGCAGGCCACCAUGCUGGGGUCACAUGAUCAGCUGGUGUCUCCCUCAGCCUGCCUGGUGGUGGGGAAGCUUGUGAGAGGAGGAACGGGACUGUUUGAACUGAAACAACCUCUGCAGUAGGACAUGGAUCAAUAAAAUGACCCAAACCAAAUCCUGUGUUCGGUAAACUGUUUCACUUCCUGUUCACGUGGCUGAUGUUCAUGUAGAAGAACCACCGUUUAAAACUAUAAAACUGAUUAUAAAAGUGUUGCUCUGAGUUAUUUCACAUGUUAYAGUUGGACAGUUCUCCACAUAUAUGAAUGCAGCUGCUCCACACUGUAAAUAAAAACACAGCUAAGUGAGCAGAGAACAGCACGCCUSCUCAGGUGGAGCUGUAAUAAUGCUGAGUCAUCCUAACUGAAAACAUACAACCUURAAAAUAAGACUUAUUUUAUGAAGUUAUAUGUUAGUUUGAACCAUGUGACUGACCUGUGAUAGGCUGCUGUCAUCUGUGGAGCUAAUCUGUGACGACUUUAAUGUUUGACCUGUUUUCACUCUCUUUCUCUUGUGACAACAAGCAGCUGCUCACAGGUUUUUAAUUUAACGACUGAUUGAUGUGGAGRAAAUGUGCAGAUUUUUGUCUCCUGUGUUCAUCUUUUAAUUUCUUUGAACCUUUAAAGCUGUUAUCAGUCUUUGCAAGUAAAAAGGUGCAGACUUGUACUUUGCAGCAUACUGUCAUCUUAAAAAAUAAAACAUUUGUUACAAAAAACUAUGUUAUUUUAUGUAUUUAUUAAUGAAAUAAACAGGAAACUGGUUUA